AUGGUAUUUGACGUAAAUGGUGAUUUUGUUGAAAAUGAACAGCAGUUCAAUGAGGCAGCACGCAAAAGUAUUAAUCUCACAAUCAAGCUGCAGAACACAUCCGGUAUGUCAGAGCUUAUUGCACGAGUAUUGGAGGAUGACGAUCGGCGCGCCAGCGGUGCGAUUUCGGCAUCUGGUCUCGAUUUUGACGAGCUUCUACGCACAACACCGCGCUUCAAUUUCCUUUCCAGUGACCAUCCACUUUUUCGCCGGUACAACAAGCGACUUUCCCAGCAGCGCCAAGCUGCGGCGCUGAUUGCGCAAAGAACUGCGGAGGCGGAGCUUCAGCGCCAAAUCGAAAUCAAGGAGCGCCUUAGGAAGGCUUUAGAAGAGGAAGCUGCUCUACAAGCGAAAAAGGAACAGGAGAAGGCGGAGCUCCAGCGCAUGAUAUCAGCACAGGAGACAGCGCGGUUCGUGCCCGAGGAGCCUUUUCUGAAAAUUAUCAAAGACGAGAGUGCUUUUGGUCAAGUAGAGCGAGAACUUAAGAAGCCCGAACUCGCCGCUGAGCCAAAGGUAGAGAUCAAAGCAGAAGUUGGCCUUUCAGAGGCUAUCACCAAUAGUGCUACUUGCACAUCAGCGACGCCGUCAAACGAUGCAGCCGCAACGCUCUCAGCAGAAGAGCUGCUAGUACUUGUUGGAGUGCCUACCGAGAAAAUUGAAACUGAGACACCUGCCUUGGAGGACCUUGCAGAGGCAAUUGCACUGCCUCCAUCGGAAAAUACAGCUACGUACAUUACUCUCCCAGCAGAGGAGUACACUCUUUGCUCUGGUGAGCGUGUAGUCAGUAUUAUCAAGAAGCGCACUGGCCCAAUUCCCGCACCACCACCCGGAAAGCCGCCUGUUAUUAAUAAAGCUGCUGCUAGCCGUCUCAAUGAAUCAGUGAAAAGAGCAAAACCAGCUAAGAAAAUAGCGCGCAACUACACGCCUUCCGAUGAACAGCAAUACAAGAGACAGCAGUGUUCGCGAUCACCGCGCUCGCGGCGGAGGAUUGAGAGGGAUCACUCGUCGAAGGAGCAUUCACGCCGUCAUCGACGUGAUGAGGCACCUUCAUACCGUCAUCACAAAACCUCGCGCGACUCCAAAUACCGGCGCUAG